UUAAGGUUGUUUGAAAAUACUAGUUGGAUUGUUGACUGCUUUUGACCGCAGAUUGAUUUGGGCGUUACGUUACUAUGGCCUUAGGAAGGAAAAAUGCAACUCGUCUCCCACCUGAAGUGAACAGAAUAUUGUUGGUGAAAAAUUUGCCUUAUAACAUAUCAGCGGAAGAAAUGUAUGAUAUUUUUGGAAAGUAUGGCGCCAUUCGUCAGAUCCGUAUUGGUAACACUCCUGAAACUAAGGGAACUGCUCUGGUUAUAUACGAAGAUAUCUUCGAUGCUAAAAACGCCUGUGAUCAUCUCAGUGGUUUCAAUGUAUGCAACCGAUACCUUGUGGUUUUAUAUUAUCAGAGAAAUAAGGUAACCUCUACUGUUUUUAUUGUUUUUUAUGUCAUCAAUGCAUGAUUAUUCAUUUGUGUACUACAGUAUAUCAUUUAUUCUUUAGAUUUAUGCAUUUAUUACACACACUCAUAUUAGGGAGGUCAAUAAAUAACUAAAGAGGAAGACUUUAAGAUGAUUUAGGAUAUUUGUAAGUUAAAAUGGUGAUUUUGGUGGUUUUACGUCUGAUAGAUUGAACCAUUCAUCUCAGGAGAAGUAAAACCCUAAAUCAUUUGAUAGUGAUUUAUGAGUAUUAGCAUCUAGACUAGUGGUAAACCGUCUGCAGAUAUGAAUCCAAUCUGUAACCAGUUUAACUAUUUGUAAGUUUUAUAGUCCAAGUUCACAGAAUUAUGAAGAAAUUUCCGCUUGAUUUCUUUUUAUAACCAUGAACUUGUCAUAUGGUUUGGUCUGCUUAUCACCCACAAAGCCAGAAACGAAAUAAUAAUGAUCUUUUUUUUCCAAAGCGUUGUUUCGAGAUACACACUCCGUAUCUACAUAAGUAGUUGAGAAUCAUUCACUUAAAUCAGUAAAUAGUUAGCCAGCUUGUUUAAACACUGCACAAACGUUUCGCGCGUUUCUAUAGUGUUUUAUCGGGUUAUUUCCUGCACACACUUUUGAUAAAUUCUCAAAAGCGAUGGGUUUCUGUUGGUUGGAUCACCGAAAUAUAGUAAGCAAGCACUUAUAUUAAAUGCUACGAGUCAGUAGUAGAAUGUUACUAAGAAAUUGAUGCAAACGAAUAAUUCCAUUGUAUCAUAUACAAUGUGAGAUUCAAGGAUAUAUUUUGAUGAGAUACAGCUAUACUUUUUGAAGAUAUUUGUUAACAGUCAGAUACUGGAAAUGCUUUCUAACACUAGAUGGGUUUGAAAAUAGAGUUGCCUUUUUAUAAUUCUUUCAGAAGCAAUAAAAAAAACUUACUUCGUUUUUCUCUUCUAAUGUUUUUUGCAGCAAUUUAAGAAAACUGAUGUGGAUAAGAAGAAGGAGGAAUUAGACCGAUUGAAGGCAAAGUAUGGUUUAAACACUCCGAAGAUGAAAUGAUUCACUUUACAACGUAUUUGAAUUUAGUUGGAGUUUCUCCUAAUCAGAAUUCCUCGAAUGCUUAUGCGUUCAAAACUGUAAUUUUGAUAAGUCAGUUAAAUAAAUAUUGUGUAU